ACCUCCAUGAACCAUGAGAAAGCACCACAAGCUUCUCUUCCAGCGCCUUCUCCCCGGCCGGGCCAGCAAGCCCUACACCUCGGCCUCCCACCUCGCCACUCCCGCCGCCACCGCAGCCAUCCCCGCGCCAUCGUGCCUCAGCGCCCUCGACCUCGUGGACGCGGGGGAGCUCGCCCCGACCCCGCGCCUGUACCAGUCCCUCAUCACCGCGUGCGCGCGGUCCAGGAGCCUUGCCGGCGCCCGCGCCGUCCACGCGCACCUGUCCCGCUCCCGUCUCGCUGCCGACGCCUUCCUCCUCAACUCGCUCGUCCACCUCUACUGCAGGUGCGGCGCCGUCUCGGACGCGCGCGGCGUGUUCGACGGGAUGCCGGGCCGGGACGUGGUCUCCUGGACCUCGCUCAUCGCCGGGUACGCGCAGAACGACAUGCCGGCGGAGGCCGUUGCCCUGCUCCCCGGCAUGCUCGAGGCGGGGUCCAAGCCCAACGGGUUCACGUUCGCCAGCCUCCUCAAGGCGGCCGGUGCCUGCGGUGAACGCGGGGUCGGGGAGCAGAUACACGCGCUUGCCCUCAAGUGCAGCUGGGAUGAGAAUGUCUAUGUGGGGAGCGCGCUUCUGGACAUGUACGCGCGGUGUGGGCAGAUGGACAUGGCAGUUGCGGUGUUUGACCGGCUGGACUCGAGGAACGCGGUGUCUUGGAACGCACUGAUUGCUGGGUUUGCAAGGAAGGGGGAAGGGGAGAACACGUUGAUGACGUUUGCAGGGAUGCAGAGGAAUGCGUUUGAGGCGACACAUUUUACGUACUCGAGCGUGUUCUCUGCCCUUGCUGGUAUAGGUGCUCUUGAGCAGGGGAAAUGGGUGCAUGCACAUAUGAUCAAGUCUGGAGAAAAACUGACUGCCUUUGUGGGAAACACAAUGCUUGACAUGUAUGCAAAGUCUGGGAGCAUCAUUGAUGCAAGAAAGGUGUUUGACCGUGUGGAUCAGAAGGAUCUAGUCACUUGGAACACGAUGCUGACUGCGUUUGCACAGUACGGACUUGGAAAGGAAGCAGUUGCCCAUUUUGAGGAGAUGAGGAAAUGUGGCAUUCAGCUUAAUCAUAUAACGUUCCUUUCAGUCUUGACUGCUUGUAGCCAUGGAGGCCUGGUUAAGGAAGGAAAGCACUACUUUAACAUGAUGAAGGACUACAAUGUGGAGCCUGAGAUCGAUCAUUAUGUUAGUUUUGUUGAUCUGCUUGGUCGAGCUGGUUUACUGAAUGAAGCUCUGGUCUUUGUCUUUAAAAUGCCCAUGAAACCAACAGCUGCUGUUUGGGGAGCCUUGCUUGGGGCAUGCAGAAUGCAUAAGAACGCUAAAAUAGGGCAAUUUGCUGCUGAUCAUGUCUUUGAACUUGACCCAGAUGAUACUGGUCCACCUGUGCUGUUGUAUAACAUAUAUGCUUCCACAGGAAAGUGGGAUGAUGCAGCUAGAGUGAGGAAGAUGAUGAAGGCAACUGGUGUAAAGAAGGAGCCUGCAUGCAGUUGGGUUGAGAUUGAGAAUUCGGUGCACAUGUUUGUGGCAGAUGAUGAUACCCAUCCAAAUGCAGCAGAGAUAUAUAGGAUGUGGGAAGAGAUAAACAUGAGGAUUAGAAAAGCAGGAUAUAUUCCCAAUACAGAAUAUGUGCUUCUGCACAUAAACGAACAAGAGAGGGCGACAAAGUUGCAGUACCAUAGUGAGAAGAUUGCACUUGCAUUUGCACUGAUCAACAUGCCUGCAGGGGCAACGAUUCGGAUCAUGAAGAACAUUAGGAUAUGUGGGGAUUGCCACUCUGCUUUCAAUUAUGUCUCCAAAGUUUUCAAGAGAGAGAUUAUUGUGAGGGACACUAAUAGAUUCCACCAUUUCAGCAAUGGUUCUUGUUCUUGUGGAGAUUACUGGUGAUUAUGAUUCUCUUGUAUAUAUAUGUGUGUUCAGAAUGACAGGCUAUCCAUUCAUCCAUUUUGCUUGUUGGCUAUGGGUUCAUGCAUUAACAGUGAGCAAGGCGGCAUGAUGAACCCAUGUAUUCUUUCUGAUUGAUGAAGACUGCUCUGCAGCCCUUAAGAGGAAUGUGUGGGAACUGACUCCUGCAGAAAUGAAUUCUUGUUGUCCUUUUCAGCUAACUGGCAUAUGGGUUCCUGCAAGGGACAUGGGAAUUCGUCGCGAUGCAGCCUCAGGACUGUGAUUCUUCGAUUGAAAAACGCACUUCAGGUAGCUUCUUUCAGAUUAUAUUGAUGAAAUAUCCAUGCCUUUUUAAUUUUUAUAGAGGCUGCUGCCUAUUUGGGUAAAACCUGCCAAGCUGAGUUGCCAUCGGACAGCUCUUUUGAAGUCAGUUGCAGUUCGGGCAAAUGGCAGGCUAGUGUAUCAGGAAAUCGGCACUUUCACACCAGGGGCAUAACGCUUCAAUCAGUCGCAGCCGUUCUGUUUUGAUCCAAUGGAUGAGACGAGCAAGGCCAAUGGAUGAGUCCCUCUUAGAAACGAAAGAAGCUCCUUUGAUGAUUGUAUCAGAGAAUUUUGUGACUGCUGCGGAUCAAACUUGAAGAUUAGGGGAAGAGAAAGAUACAUCUCUGGUCCUGUGUUGUAGGAGCUGGGCGUCGCACACCUGCACAAUUUCGUGAUCGUUGCAUGUUGAUUCUGCGUGAUGUGCGGUUGUGCUCUCUGAAGUUUCAGUUGAAGAAGAAAAACUUGAGUGCUUUCUUGAGACC